ACGUGUGGUGGUGUUUUUGGUUACAAAACAAUGUGAUCUCUCACCUGACGCAGAAUUAGAUUCGGCAGUACAACACAGUCACAACACAGUUUACGCUUGAUGUUCAGAAGAUUGACUCUAACAUCGCCAAAGCUUUCUAUUUGGAGAUGGACCGCCCUGCUAGCUAAAGCAAUUGUUAGCUAGCUAGCUGCGCUGAAAUGGGCGUUCACUGCUUAUGCUCAUUUGGGGGCCAGUGCGAGUCACAGCAUCGUGUUUUGUCGGCUUGCAGACGGCCCAGAAGAAUCACAGCACCAUAUCUCUGUCUUCAUGAUGAGUGACCUUGAACUCUGCACAUGCUGAAACCAAGGAAUGGAUUAGAUACAACUCUACAUUAACAGAGCGUGAAGUGAAAGCUGCUCCGGACCUCAUCUUGCAUGACAUCGGCCUGUUUGUCUGAAAACAAGUCAGGCUUUGAGCCAAAACCAGAGAUGCCCAUAAGAAGGCAUCCCUACAGGCUGCAGCCUAGCUACGCCAACUGAAAGCACCAAACAACUACAUCUCUUGUUAAGAAGAUGUGCUGCUGAUUGGACGCAAAACUCAUUCCUCUUCCACCUCUCCAAAACGUUAUUAACGUUGAGUGUGUGCCAGUGCGUACAGUGAAUUAUGGUGACCAAAAAUGGUGCUUGAAUGUGGCAUCCUCGUGCAGAGUAUGCGAAAAGGGGUGAGGCUCUCUCAGAAAAGUAUAACAGCUGACUGUUAGUCUGCUGCAGAUAAUGGAUGCCAAGUUAAAAGAGGACCUGUUUCGGAGGUAUGUGGUGGCACUGGAGAGGCGUCUGGAGAAUGGAGGGGAAUACACAGGGAUUGGAGCUGCACAAGAGGGGGACAAAGGCAGACACAAGGACAGUGAGGCCCUACUCUCCACAGCCACAGCUCUGCUAGGGGCCUAUCAGCCAGAUCCGGGACAACGUUUUCGCAUGGUGCGUUUUUAUGAGGUGGUGGAGAGCUCGCUCCGCUGCCAGAGAGGAGGUAACCUCAAGAGCCUGGAGAGAGCCUUCCACACCCUGGAAACCAUCUGCACCAACCUCUUGCUCUUCCCCUGGAAGAAGGAGUUCAGAUGUAUAAAAACCUUCACUGGCCCAUAUGUGUACCAUCUGCAGUCCGCCAUUUCUGAUGCUGAACUCCGAACCAUAAUGCGCACCAUUGGCUACUCCUGUGACCAUGAUUCGCAGUUCCACUUGCAGGAGCACCCAGGAGGCUCAAGUCAUCUCCGCCAGUUGGCUUUUGAGCUCUUCCUGGCCCAGGCAGAGUGUCGUCUUCUGGGAGAGGUAGUGGCUCUGGCCCGUGGUUCAGCCUCAGAACUGGAGGCCCUGGAACUCCGCAGAGGUUGCAGAGAUGAUGCAGCUGGCUGUGCGGAGGCGCUCCGCAGACGCGACAGCCUCGGCGCAGAUAUGGCUCGGCUUUCUGUGCGGCCACUGGAUAUCGAGAGGCCUCAUGCUCACCACCUGAGGCGAGGUAGCCGACCGUCAAAGUCUGUGGAUGUUACAGAUGGGGCUGGUCACUGGCACGCGGCAGUUAGCAAGCCUGUCUUGAAGGCCUCAUUGAGUCUGAGGAAGGAGCCUCUGUUUGUGGACGCAGAGGAGGAUAUGAAGGAUGAAAUCAUCAGGCCCAGCACCUCAGCAUCUCUUUUCUCUGUGGCAGCUCCACCUUCCUAUAGCCCUGUUGCAGAUUUCUUCCCCAUUCAGUCACCUCCCCCAGCUGAUGCUUACACAUCCUACCACCUGUCAUCUUUGGAUGAGAUUGACUUGUACACGGAGAGGGGUGGCGCGGGGACAGGAGGAAGGCAGACCCCCUCUCGACCUCCAUCCAGAGAGCCUCGAGAUGCAAGGGAUGGGUGGCUGCUCAAAGCACACGGUAGUGUGAAGUGUCAGGGUUGUGGACUGGGAUGCUCCACAAUGGCCUCCUGCCAGAGAUGUGACAUGAUCCUCUGUUCUGCCUGUCAUGACGUGGACCCCUCCCCUUGCUGUGGCCUCCAGGACUACCACUCCAAAUCCCCACGACCCCUUGACGGAUACAUCCCUGUCAAGGAAAAGCUCUCUGUCUACUCUAAUACUCACACCCACUCCCAUCUCCACCCGCACCCCCUCACACUGACCCACUCACACUCUCACCCCCACCCUCAUCCCCAGAUGGUGGAGAAACCCCUUUUGUCCACUAAGCUGUUUCCAAGCAAGUCUGUUGCCUUGACAACGCCAAAGGGAAGCAGCAGUGAGCGAAUAAGCAUGGGGGGAUCACGCUGCGGGUUCUGCAACAAGCCAGGUGCAUCACACACCUGUGUGAACUGCUCUAAGGUGUCAUGUGACUCAUGCAUGGGCUUGUAUGCGAAGGAUAUGUGCACGCGAAAGAAUCCCCAGCACAGUUUUGUGCCCAACCAUCAGCUCAACUUCAAAUCUGGCACCAUAUCUCACCUGGUGUACCGAUGAAUCAGGCAGACAGAAUUUUUUUUUUUUUUUCUCCCUUCUAGUCCCCUCCUUUAAUCUGCAGCGUAGUCUUGCACUAUUGCUUUAGCUCUGUUCCUGCUUAAACAAUUCAUUCACUAUCUUCCCCUUUAUCUGAUGGUCUUUUUCGCUCUCUCUAACCCUCUCUUGAACUUUGUAUAUUUUCUCUUGCUGUCAGUAGGGCCCUGGAAUGCACAUGCCACAGAGAGCCAUAUCGUCUGCCCAUCUCUCUGCCUUGUACAAUUCAGGCCUUUUAUCUAUUUCUUCUUCCUUUUACCUUGCUACCUGCUCUUGAGUAGUCAUGUGAUGUUGUAGCGCUUCCCAAAUUCCUCAAAGUUUGUCCUCCUCAAAAGGGAAACUGGAGAAAAGAGAGUUUAAUUCCUUCUCCUUUUGAAUGAAUUCCGUCCAAAUGAACAUAUAUACUUUGCCUAACUUCUCAGCUAAAAAUUCCUCUAAUAUAUAAAUAUAUAAAUAUAUACAGUAUAUAUAUGAGUGUGUGAGUGUAUGUGUGUGCGUGUGUGUGUGUGUGCGUGUGUGUGUGUAGAAAAGACCUCUGAGCUUGCAUUGUGACAAAGGAGAUCUUUUUAAACUUGAAAAAUAGUAGGGAAAAACAGAGAAAACAUACACUGGAAGUCAAUAAGUCAAUAGUUUAUAUUUUUAAUCUCUAUUCUCUAGAACAAUGUGAGACUGUUAAAUGGGCAUGAGGUCUGGCAUUGGGAUUUUGAAGGUAUAAACUUGGGGUGGGAAAUUUCUCAAAGGGACACACUGAGACAAUGGUCAGAUGCCAUAUAUUCUAUUUAAAAGAUUAUGCCUUGUAAAUUAACCCUCAAUUGUUUCUGAUUAUAUGACUGAGGUUUAAAUGCUGCUGUUGACUUGAGACGUUGAAGAUGUGUGGUGUUUGACUUCUUUCUGGUAAAUAGCCUGUUGAGUUGUGUCGGUUCCAAGCCCGCCCAUCCCCUUUCAUCACACUCCGUAAGCCUCCAUGGUCCAUGACGUUGUAGUGGCCCCUUGCCAGAUCAGUGGUUCCCCGUCAGUCUCAGGUGGAGUCACAGGACGUCUCACACUGGGCCACAAACCAAAUGUUUGCGGUUCCUUGACAGUGUGUGAGCCUAUUGAUUGGUUUUAGACAGUAUGAAAGUGUAUAGUCUGACACGGUUUCUGUCUACCUCAAAUUGCUUCAGCUUAUACACCCAGUUCAACAUUGUGGUUUUAAACUAGCCCUAGAAACCUAAGAAAUAUUGUAUUUAUUAUAUUAUUCUUCUCUAAUUUGCAACUCAUGUUUCGGCGGAAUAGAAAUACCCCAACUUACAAUCAACUAACUCAGUCACUUUUAAGGGUUAGCAGAGGUUAUUUAUUUUGUGAGAUAAUCCUGGGCUUUGUCAGUUUUCUGAUAUAGCACAAGGUUUACAGUCUUCAAAAAUACUCAUGAGUUGUCAGUUUGUCUCUUGUGCCAUUCAAACUACUACUAAUAGUAUACUGGUCGUACUAGUAUAUUCAGGGGAUGGACACAAAACAUGAGCACCUGUAAAUUAUAAUGCAAUUCAAUACAGUAGUCCUGCAGCAAAUACUACCUUUGUGAAGCCUGAAAUGUUAAAUUUGAUCGAGACUGAUAGAGAGGUGCUGAUGGAGCUCUUAUCAUAAUUUCCAAGCAUGCAUUUAGUGUUGUUGGUGUACUGGAUUGCAUUGCACUAACUGUUUGCUCAUCCUGCAGACAAAUUACAGAAAUGGCUUACAAUAUAUUUCAGUUCAGUGCAACACCACCGCAGACUACAGGCUCAAAAAUGACUAUAGAGUUGAAUGGAUACCUCUCUGACACUUUGUUAAUCACAUGUAGCAUUUAAGUAGGGCUGAACGAUUUCGAAAAAAUAUCUAAUUGCGAAUAUUUUGACAGUUAUAUUGCGGUAUGAUUUGUGAUAUUAGAGAGAAUGAUACUUUCUACAUCAUUAUUUUCAUUUAUAUUGAAAACAUCUCAAAAUGAUUAUGGUAUGAUUUUUUUUUUUUUUUUUUUUUUUCGAGGAUCUGUACCAAACAAAGAUGUUUUGUUAAGUCUGUAGAACAUGAUUUGUAGGCCAGGACAUCUCCGCACCAUGACAAUAUUCAAUUUAAAAUUGUAUUUUGAUACACAUUUCGCCUUAAACAAAUAUUGUGCCUCCUGCGAUUUGAAAAUUGCAGUAGGCCAGAUUGCACUUUUGAUAAAAUUUCUGUUGUUCAGCCCUACAUUUUAGCUUCACAAAGGUAUUAUUUAUCACAUAUCCAUUGCAUGAUUUUGCACUAUAGGGAUUCAUGUUGUGGUGUUCACCUGCCUGUACUGUGCAGUGCAUGUGUGGAGUAAUUUAAAUGAUAUGGCUGGUGAUUUUCUGUAUUUUUCUUAUGGUCAGCAAAUCUCAUGUGCAGAGCCAAACUAACAAUGAAGUGAUUUACUUGCAAGUAUUGUGUGUGUACAUACCAAGUCUGAUAUAUAUUGUAUUCCUAUGUGCAGUAGACCUCAGUUGUUGUCCAAAAUCGAUUAAAAACACACUGCUGCACAAGGUGACAUGUUCCUUCACCCUGAAGAUUGUGGUCACAAUAAUUUGUUUGGAAUUGGCUCCAAAGAUAACAGCGAUCACAUUUUCAGUCUCAGGAGAGACGUUCACCAGUGCGCAUGCGCUGGAAUGUGUUUUUCAUAAAAAGAGCAUCGCUAGCUUGUUGUGCUAGAUAUCACAACCUCUUGACUUUGUGCUACACUGUAAAUUCCUCAAAGAACUUCAGUACAAAGUUAAGAGGUUGUGAUAUAUAACACAACAAGCUACCGAAGCACUGCACAUAGUGGCGUCUGCCUUACAUGGAACUACUCUUCUGAGAAUGAAAAUAUUUGGAGCCGUUUCUAAACAAACCAUCAUGACCAAACUUUUUGGGGGGAAGGACCAUGUCACCCAGUGCAGCGGUGUGGCUCAGUGAUGUGUUUUUAAUAGUUUUUGGACAACAACGGAGGUCUAUGAUAUCAGGCUUUGGAUACACGAACAAUACUUCUACUUCUACUACUAAGAUCACGUCAUUGUUGGUUUAGCACAUGAAAUGAAUCUCCCGUUUGCUGUGGAACUUUCUUUAAAACUCAUCUAUUGGUAUACUUCAAAGGGUCAUGGUGAUCACAGGUAAAUAAACUCUGCUAACACUUAAAACUGGGUGUCAUGAAAUUAGAGGGUACUUUUCGUGAUUAAACUUUGAUUGUCCGUGAAAGAGGAGAAUUCAUGCAAUAUGUUGCAGUUAAUAGUCACCAAGGGCUAAUUUUAAAUCACAUUACAUUAAAAAAAAAAGGUCUGAGUCUGGUUUUUUUGACAGACCGCUUAGGCGACCCUAGCCUUUAAGCUCUGUCGGGAAUAACCUCUAAAUGCCUUAAGCUCAUUCAGCUGUCUUACUCUGGAGUAUUUUAGGCUUUUGGUAUUGUCAUUUUCAUUGUUUUGUAUUUUAACAGUCUAUAGGUUAAAGUUUGACUUUUGCCAGGCUAUAUAAACUAAACACAUAGCCUGUUCUAUGACAGCUAAGGAAAGAAUUCAGAAACACACAAGUAUGGAUUAAGCACUACAGUUUCUAAGAUGGAGCAUAUUGAACCGUGUAUCUGUUAGAAUUAUGCAGAAAGUCACACGUUGUAGACCAACACAUUUACUAUAUGCUUAGAAUGGUUAAUGUCUGUAAUAAUAACCAUGUUUUGCUUGGAAGUCAAAUUUAAUAUUUAUUUUGCUUUGCUUACAGACAUACCUAAACACACACGUUUGGUUAUAGGGAGUGAUGUCUGAUCUCAUACUUCUGUUCAUUCCUUCCCUUUAAAACUUUAACUUUAAAAGUUCAGUUUUGUGUCUUUUUCAUGUUAAAAAAAACGUAAAGAAGGGAUGUUUUGAUACUGUUCGGAUGUAGCUUAAGGUUUCUUUGAAAAAUGUCUGGGUCAGCAUUAGUUAAGGCUAACUUGGGUAUCACAAACGUCUUGAGUGACCUUAGGGAGGUGUGCAAUUGUUUUGUUUAAUCCGAUAAAGCCUUUUUAAAUAGUUUAAAUAGUUUGAAUAUUUAUCAUAGAUAUAUUUGAGUUGCUCGACUCUGGUCAUGACAAAUCAUACCAGCAGCAAAGACGACUUUUAGAAGUAUUGAGCCAUGUCGCAAGAGUGAUCGUAUUGCCAAAUGAAGAACAAAUAUCUUAUUGGAGUAGAAAACAAAAUCCUGUGGCUUGCCCGGAUGUACAGUCGAUGUAACGUAAAUCUGUGGUUUUGCUAAAGUUUGGCUUUGUGUCUGUGGAUGUUGACCUUUUUAAGAAGCCUAGAAAGAGAACCAUCAGCAUAGAUACCUACCCCGCACACCAUGGGAUGUGGAUCUGACUUCAGAACAGUGGACUGAUUAUUUGUGUAGGUCACUACAAAGGGCUAAACAGUCUUCAGGGCUGCUGCAAAGUUUGUGGGCACUGUUUUAAUCUUUUGGUGAACAACUGACUUGUCAUAGGUAAUAAUGGUAAAUAUCUACUGUGGAGCUUACUGUACAUUCAUCAGUGGAUAUGAAUUACUGAUGUUGGAAAAACAAAAGAGCUAUUUUUAUUUUGUGUCAUGGAAUACAUUGAGCCAUUCGAACAUAAUUGGUUUAACCCACACCGGACACACUCAAGUCAUUGUGGAAGUCAAUACUCCCUUUACCUCUUUGUGUGGUUAUCUUGCUGAUAUUAACAGUGAUGGUGUAGUUAGGCAGCCCCUUUCCCAUUCCCCGUUCCCCAUUCCCCUAACCCUUUCUUGGCAUGCUCUGUACAAGGCCCAAACCCCAUACCUCUUCUCCCCUCAACCUCCACAUGUGCCCUCACCCACUGUCUCCCCCUCUCUCCUUCCCCUCCCCCCCUCUACCUUGGCACUGAGGAUCAUUGCACAAUGUCUAUGUGAAGGGGUAAUGGACCUUACGAUCAAUAUGUGGGCAUACAUGGGGGUGGAAAGGGAAAAUAGCCAAAAUUGUUAAUCGGUGAAAAUAUAUAUAAAUAUAUAUUGAAACGUAA